AUGUCGUCGCAUGUAGUGGUGAUCGAUACCACAGCUCGCAGAGCCACUAUCAAGGUCACUCCAGCCAAGCACCUGAGCGACGUUUUGGGAGAAGCUUGUGCAAAGCUUGGACUUGAUGCCACCCAGUAUGGGUUAAAGCAUCAAAAGAAAUCACUAGACCUCUCACUAUCCAUUAGAUUAUCCGGCCUGAGUUCCGGGGCUAAACUAGAACUUGUGCAGCUCUCGCGCUCGCCGUCUAUCGUUUCUAUAGCGUUGCAACUUCCCGAGUCCGAAGCUGCGGAUGUUCCGGGCUGUCGAUUGAUGGAUAAAUUCCCCAGUAACACAACUCUGUGGUUGAUAUUACGCAAAUUUGAAUCCGGCGUUGCAGGAAAUGGAGUCUCCCGAAACUUAACUGCGCGGGGAGCUCCGGCCAUAACACCAGGUGCAACGGGGUCUGGGAGGCUGUUCUACGAAACUCCGGUCAUUCAAAUUAUGAGCAAAGAGUUUGUUUCUUUCACAGACCUUCAGAAAACGUUGGCCCAGGUGGGAUUAAACAGCGGCAACGCUCUUCUCAGACUGAACUUCCGGGUCACUGAUCGACCGUUGGAAGAGGCCAUGAAUGAGAUUGACGCUUACUUUGCAUCUGUUGAUGCGGACCAGCAGACGCCGUUGGAAAAAUCCCCUCCCGCCAUAGAGACCCCAGCCUCUUCCGGUCCAGUAGAAGGGGCGCCUGAAAUAACACCUCAAUCCACUCCAUCGAAUGCAGAUGCUGAGUUAGAAGAAGCAUCUGUUUCCAAGGCCGAAAUGACACAACCUGCCCCAGAGCAAUCAUCGCACCCUCUUGUAUCAUCCCGACCUGUCACUAUUUUCGCUCCCCCAACAGCCUCCACUCCCCAGUCUGCCCAAACACCAUACAAGGAAGAAGAUUAUAUACCUACUGUUGACCAUGCAAAAGCACAUCAACGUCGACUAAACACGGCUGGUCGUAACACGCGACUAGCAGGAGAUGCAGAACUUGCCUUGCAAGAAGCUGCAAUCAAAGAGCGACUGGCCAGGGUUACAGAAGUUGAAAUCAAAGUACGGUUCCCGGACCAGAGCCAGGUCGUUUCCAAGUUUACCCGCGAGGAUACGGCCCACUCGCUUCAUGAAUUUGUUCGGAAUUGUUUGGACACUCCGCUUGCAAAGGAGGGGUUUAUUUUAUCUUAUUUUCCCAAUGUGUCCCACGACCCCAUUGCACAAAAGGGUCAAGUAAUAAUUCCUGAUGCUCCUAAUACAUAUCUUAUUGCCGAUCUGAAGAUGAAUGGCCGCGUCUUAGUGAAUUUCUUGUGGAAGGAAAACGCAGCGCUAGCAAUGCGCAGCACUGGAGCGCCCCUGCUCCGUGCCGAACUUAGGGAAAGGGCAAGCCAAAUCAAAGUCGAAGAGGUCGCCGCCGUCCCAGUGGAGGAAAGUGAAGGAAAUAAACAGUCAUGGCUGAACAAGUUGGGAGGGGGUGACAGGGGUGGUAAGAAAGGGGGUGGAGGAGGAGUGCCAAAAUGGUUGAAGUUACCAGGCAAAAAAUGA